ACUUUGCUUUCAUAAUCAUUUCCCAACUUAAAAUCAAUACAAAUGACUAUCUCAAGCCGUUAACACACUUCCAAAAACUAAAAGAAAAAAAACUAAAAAUUAAAUAAAUAUAUAAAAAAAGGACAACACAUAUCAGCCGCAAUCAUGAAGAUGAACGAGGAAGUUAUAUUCACUGAUCAGCUGCUGCAUCACAGGUGUGUUGGUAGCCAGAUUGAGAAAACCCGGGACACCUGGGAAAAGCAAUGCUCUUGGUUUGUGAAUGCACAGAAUUCAUUUUAUAAUCGAUAUGCCGAGAUCUAUGCAGAGUGUUUGGAUAAAUAUGGGAACGAUAAUUUCGAAUACUAUGCCAGGCGAAAUCGUCUCAGGGAGGAUUUUUUGAUCUACACCGAGACAGAAAUAGAGCGAAGGCGACGGGACUCGGAGAUCUCAAUGGAACACAUGAAAAACUGCCGGGCAUCUCGUACUACAAAUGGGGAAUACGGAAGGGUUAACCUAUGAAACUUGCCUAUUGUUUUCCCUAAACUGAAUAACACUUUUUGUGGCUUUAAUUCAUUUUAACGGCAUUUGAGAGAAGGAAAAAAAUUCAUUAAAUUGCAUUAUGCAAGGCUUACACUAUAAAGUUCAUUUCAGAUUGAUUUAUAGAAUUCAAUUAAAUUCAAAUUUGAAUCUGGGGAAAUCUUUAUAGUGAAAACCUGGAAUAAAAUCGAAUAGAGUUGUAAAUAAAUUGUUUAUUUCUUA